AUGGGCACUACUGCUAAUCAAGAUCAAGCAAUCAAGCAAUUUCAGUCCUUAAUGGACCAAGUGGAUGAGUCAAUGAAGAACACAUAUCAGAAUAUGCACCAGGGCUAUCCAACUGAAACUUUGGUGCGGUUUCUCAAAGCAAGGGACUGGAAUGUUGCCAAGGCUCAUAAAAUGAAACCAAUCAUUCCCACCAAUUUGUAUAGAGCAGUUCGAGAUUCUCAACUUUUAGGAUUAUCAGGCUACUCUAAAGAGGGUCUUCCUAUCAUUGCCAUUGGCGCUGGGCUCAGUACAUUUGAUAAAGCUUCUUCACACAUCCAAAUUAAUGAAUAUAGAGAUCGUGUGGUAUUGCCAUCUGCAACCAAGAAGUAUGGAUGGCAUAUUAGCACCUGUCUGAAGGUUUUAGAUAUGACUGGCUUAAAGCUUUCAGCAUUGAAUCAUUUAAAGCUAUUGACUACCAUGUCCACAAUUGAUGACCUGAAUUAUCCAGAAAAAACAGAUACAUACUAUAUUGUCAAUGCCCCAUAUAUAUUUUCGGCCUGUUGGAAGGUUGUGAAGCCUCUUUUACAAGAAAGGACGAGGAGGAAAAUUCAGGUGCUGCAAGGUUGCGGAAGAGAUGAAUUGUUAAAGAUAAUGGAUUAUUCAUCUCUGCCACAUUUUUGUCGAAAAGAAGGCUCUGGUUCAUCCAAGCAUGCCGAGGAUGGAAGUAAUUGUUUCUCCUCAGACCAUGCAUUCCAUCAACAGCUAUACGGUUAUAUGAAUCAGCAAGCUGGACUUCUGGAUUCCAUUUCACCAAUCAAACAGGGGUCAGUCCAUGUGGAUUUCCCUGACCCAGACCCUGAAGAUUCCAAGAUUGCGAAAACGAUAGAAACUGAGCUCCACAGGCUGAGGGAUCGGAAUGGGCUAUCUAACUCAUUAAAUGGCCUUGAAGUGAAUGGUCUUUGCUUGCAUCAGCUUGAUGCAGGUUUUGAUAAGACAAAACUAAUCUGA